GAAAAUAACAGACCUAACCGGCCGUCCUCCUUCACGUCACCUCCGACUUCUCAUUCAGAGGGGUACUCGGGGCGGCAGGUGGAGUUAUAAUUAUAGAUGAGAAAAAAGCCACCUCAGCAGCUGCUGCUUCUGUUUGUUCCCGGCUAUAACUGUCAUCAUUGGGCAAAUUGGCAUAAACAGGCCUCCACAAGUGGAAAAUCAUUUAACCCCUGAGCUUGUCUGGGUGCUCUCAGCGGCCAGGAAACAGAAAGAAAACCUGACUGUGCACCAGCAAAGGGUGAAACGAACAGUGCCUCGCCGACCCGGAGGGCCCUGGCCAGGGGGCGCCUGAAGAUUUUCUGUCCUGUCGGAGACUCCAAACCACAUAAAUAGAAAAAAACUAUCCAAGAUGACUGUCACUUACUCCAGUAAAGUAGCCAACGCGACCUUUUUUGGAUUUCACAGGCUACUCCUCAAGUGGAGAGGCAGCAUCUACAAACUACUGUACAGGGAGUUUAUUGUUUUUGCUGUUUUUUACACAGCGAUAAGUUUGGUGUACAGAUUGUUACUUACAGGAGCCCAAAAACGUUACUUUGAAAAAUUAUCAAUUUACUGUGACAGAUAUGCUGAACAAAUUCCAGUAACCUUUGUGCUUGGGUUUUAUGUUACUCUGGUCGUGAACCGAUGGUGGAACCAGUUCGUGAACCUGCCCUGGCCAGACAGGCUGAUGUUCCUCAUCUCCAGCAGCGUGCACGGGAGGGACGAGCGCGGGCGCCUGCUCCGGAGGACACUGAUGCGCUACGUCAACCUCACGUCCCUGCUCAUCUUCCGCUCGGUGAGCACCGCUGUGUACAAAAGGUUUCCGACGAUGGACCACGUGGUGGAAGCAGGUUUUAUGACAACAGAUGAAAGAAAAUUAUUUGACCACCUCAAGUCGCCUCAUUUGAAAUAUUGGGUUCCAUUCAUCUGGUUUGGAAAUCUGGCAGCGAAAGCCCGGAAGGAAGGUAGAAUCAGAGACAGUGUUGAUCUACAAUCAUUGAUGACUGAAAUGAACCGAUACCGCUCUUGGUGCAGCCUCUUAUUCGGUUAUGACUGGGUUGGGAUCCCGCUGGUUUACACCCAGGUUGUCACUCUGGCUGUCUACACCUUCUUUUUUGCGUGCCUGAUUGGACGCCAGUUUUUGGAUCCCACCGAAGGCUACGCUGGGCAUGACUUAGAUCUUUACAUUCCAAUCUUUACUCUCCUACAAUUCUUCUUCUAUGCCGGAUGGCUCAAGGUGGCUGAGCAGCUCAUCAACCCUUUUGGAGAAGAUGAUGAUGAUUUUGAAACGAACUGGUGCAUUGACAGAAAUUUGCAGGUCUCUCUUUUGGCUGUGGAUGAAAUGCACAUGAGCUUACCCAAGAUGAAGAAAGACAUCUACUGGGACGACUCUGCUGCUCGCCCCCCAUAUACACUGGCAGCUGCUGACUACUGCAUACCCUCAUUUCUGGGGUCAACGGUCCAAAUGGCGCUGUCGGGGUCCGACUUGCCGGGCGAGGAGUGGCUGGACUACGAGAAGCACGGCCAUCGCCACUCCAUGAUCAGGAGGGUCAAACGGUUCCUGAGCGCCCACGAGCACCCGGGCAGCACGCGCGGCCGGCGCUAUGCCCGCCAGGCCAGCGAGAGCUCCGCCUUCCUCCCGCCCGGCGACCUCAGCCCCCCCAGGGACCUGCUGGACGUGCCCUCCCGGGGCGCCCGCCGCGCCCGGAAGCACCUGGCCCCGGAGGGGAGCCCCGCGCUGCACUCCAGCCUGGGGGAGCUGUCCACCAUCAGGGAGACCAGCCGCACCAGCACCUUGCAGAGCCUGACUCCGCAGCCCAGCCUGAGGGCCUCCCCCGUCAAAAUGCCGCAGGUCCCCGAGGUGCGGAUCACCGCCCCGGGGCCCGUGGCCGAGGACCUGGGGGACUCCACCGCCUCCAUCCAGAGCUUCGAGUUCACCGGGGUGCCGCCCAUGGGCUCCGGGCUGCCCGGGGACCCCCUGAGGCUGAUGGUGUUCCCCUCGGGGGAGGGGACGCCUCCCCGAGGCCCCAGUCCCCAGACUGUCUUAACCCAAGCUGAGCAGGACCUGUUCCUGUUCGCCCCCGGAGAAGACCCUUUUGCGAACGACGCGUUCCCCAAAAGGUGGAGCCUCCCGGGGUUCCUGGAGUCCAGCCACACCUCCCUGGAGGGCCGAGGGCCGGAGCCCGCCAACCCCGAGCCGCCUCCGUUGCUCGACCCGGAAACGUCCUCCGAGACCAGUGGCAUCAACUUCGUGGCGGGCCCGCGAGCCUCCUCCGACCUGCUGUAUCUGAUGGAAACUCUGGACACGAAGGAAACGGACAUCGUAGAAUUUAACAACGAGCUCGCGGACGGGUCGCCCGGAGGAAAGCCAGCGAGCGCCAGGACCUAGUGCUCGUCUCCAUCCUUCCCUUCCCGGAGGUUCAGCAUGAGUUGCAGGACAUGCCAAGGACUGGUCAGUUUCUAAACAGCAAUCACACUGUAUAAGCUAUUUAAAACUCUGGAGGGCAUUAUGAUCCGGACGUUUUCAACUAAGAAAAUCCAGCACAUCUGCAUCAUCCACCACCGCGGGGCUUCCGUGGACGCUACCCUGACCGCAGUGAUGUAUCUUAACCAAAUAAGGAGCCUUGAAUACAUAUAUGAUUUACAAACCCAUAGAUUGUCAGCUUUGGGAAGCACCUUAGAGAUCAUAACACAAUCCCCUGGCUUUGCCAAAUAGGAAGACAAAGAACUCCCUAUUUGUUUCCUUUUCUUUUUCUUCUUUUCUUCAAUUAUAAAGACAGGGAGAUGGCUCGUAAAAUGCCUCAAAAGCUGCCUUCUAAUGACGAGCUUUUGUUUGAGGCUUUCCUACCACUUCACUCCCACCUUCUAACCUAUUAUUAUCAUUGCUUCCAUGUUCUUAAGCCUCAGCUUCACCUCCCAUUUCCCCUUCUCCUUUCACCGCUUCAUUUUUCUCUGUUCCCACUUUAUUCUCCCAUCUUCCUCUAGUUCCCUUCUUCCUAGUCUUGCUCCUUCCCUAAUACUCCACUCUGUCCCACCUUGCAGGUUAUAGUAUUUGCUCCUGCCAACUUGGUUGCUUACUUUUUGCCGUGAUUUCCUAAAUGUGAGGCACUGGCAACGCCUCCCACAGAAUAACCGAAGAUGUCAACAAAUCCACUUGACACACUUCCAGCCCCUCCGCGGAGAGGGUGGGAGUCCAUGGAACCCCGCACCCUGGGCAGCCAUGGCCGUUUCUCCCCGCCUCCACUCUGAGGCCUGGAACACUGGACAAAACUGAAGUCAAGAUGGGCAUGAGACUGAAAUAGCCACAUGCUAUGGAACCAAAGAAUACCAAAGCUUGAACGUUUUUAACUCGAACUCUUAAAGCCAAAAUCCCAAUCUUUUCACAGCGUGGGACCAGUUACUGUGUCUGCCAGGUUGUUUGGGAUGAGGGAGGACAUUGGAGCUGGGAGGUUUAGGGGGUCCAGGACUGCACCAUGGGGAUGGGACUGGGACUCACUCACUCCAAGGAGCUCUUGGGGUGGCUGCCAGUGGGGGGCUCCCAAUUUUGUCUGGAAAGCCAUGUCUUAUGAGCGCUGCUCUCACUAUUUCUGUCAUGUGAUAAAGCUUGACUACAUAAGGUUUAAGAAAUAAAAUAACCCUAAUAGCCACCAUGUACUGAGUGCUCACAGUGUUCCAGGCAGCAGCACAGAAAGUUCACAGAUGACCUCACUAAUCCUCACAGGAAUCUUAUGAGCUGAUAUACUGUUGUCUCCAUUUUCAAGAUGAAGAUACCAGAGGCUUUGGAGAGGUAAAAUAAUUUGACUAAAACCACAUAGCCAGGAAGUGCAGGGCUCAGAUUCAAACCCAGGUUUCUGACUCAGGAGCCCAUACUCUUAGCCGGUGAGCUCCCUCCCUGUGCUGUGCCGUCUGCAAGGCCCCGAAUAUGCCAGCAAUUUGCCCAGAAUGCCGGA